AUGCCACGUAUUGAGACUGAAGUCCGUCUAGACUUUAAGGACGUGCUUAUCCGCCCCAAGCGCUCGACGCUCAAAAGUCGUUCCCAAGUGGACGUUCAGCGUGAGUUCCACUUUCGUAACUCGAAGCGCACAUGGAUUGGUGUGCCGAUAAUUGCUGCCAAUAUGGACACUGUUGGUACUUUCGAAAUGGCCGUGGAAUUGGCUAAAUUUGGGUUCAUUACGUGCGUGCACAAGCACUAUACGCCAUCAGAGUGGGCGACCUUUGCUGCUACCUACCCGAACGUGCUGUCUACUGUUGCAGUGAGUGCAGGAUCCAGUGCUGCAGAUUUUGACAAGAUAUCAAUCAUUCUAAAAAGUCAUCCGGAUAUCCACUUCAUUUGUCUAGAUGUGGCGAAUGGCUAUUCGGAGUUUUUUGUGCAGGCAGUUCGCAAUGUACGCUCUGCUUUCCCUGAGCAUACAAUCAUUGCCGGUAAUGUAGUGACAGGGGAGAUGGUAGAGGAACUGUUACUAUCGGGAGCUGACAUCAUCAAGGUCGGCAUCGGUCCGGGCUCGGUCUGCACUACCCGCAAACAGACGGGCGUGGGCUAUCCCCAACUAUCUGCAGUGCUGGAAUGCGCAGACGCUGCCCACGGACUCAAUGGCCACGUGAUUGCUGACGGUGGCUGCACGUGUCCGGGUGAUGUAGCGAAGGCGUUUGGUGCUGGAGCUGACUUUGUCAUGCUUGGUGGCAUGCUCGCUGGCCACGACGAGAGCGGUGGUGAGAAAAUUGAGAUGUGUGGCAAGAUGUUUAAAAAGUUUUAUGGAAUGAGCUCAUCCGAGGCCAUGAAGAAGCACAAUGGUGGGGUAGCCGAGUAUCGAUCGUCCGAAGGUAAGAGCGUGACGGUGCCGUAUCGAGGCUCAGUUGCCUCAACAUGCAAAGAGAUUUUGGGUGGUGUGCGCUCUACAUGCACCUACGUUGGAGCCAGUAAGCUGAAGGAAAUUAGUAAGCGCACAACAUUCAUCCGUGUUUCUCAGCAGCUAAACGAGGUGUUUGGCCGGGCUCCGAAUGAGCAGGAGGAGCAGGUAUCGAAGAAGCAGAAGACGGGCUAA